AUGGUCCACACCUCCGGCGAUGGCCGAGCCUUUUGGGUCUGGAAAGGCGUCGAUCUGCGGACCUUGAGAUAUGUCGACAUCAGGAAGUCGUUGUUUGAUGAUGUCUUCGAGCCAUUGGAUCCUAGCACGGGCGGCACUUGCGAAGCUGUACCCAGGGGCAAUGCAUCAGCGAGGGACUUUUGCAUCAGUCCAACCAUGCAGUGA